CAAUCACAACAAUGACUUCUCCGCUGGCGCCCGAGGAGCGUGUCUGAGCCCCGCCGAGCAGCGGCAGCGGCGGCGCUGGGCAGAGGGGCUCGCUGGCCGCCGCUGCUCUCAUUGUUCGGAGAGGGACAAAACCACGCUGUGAGCAUGUGGAUCCCUACAGAGCACGAGAAAUACGGCGUGGUGAUAGCCAGUUUUCGAGGAACAGUCCCACAUGGCUUAUCAUUGGAGAUUGGAGACACAGUUCAAAUACUAGAAAAAUGUGAUGGCUGGUACAGAGGAUUUGCCUUAAAAAACCCAAAUAUCAAGGGUAUAUUUCCAUCCAACUAUAUCCACUUGAAAAAUGCAUGUGUUAAGAACAAAGGGCAGUUUGAAAUGGUUAUUCCAACAGAAGACUCCGUUAUCACAGAGAUGACAUCAACUUUAAGAGAUUGGGGGACCAUGUGGAAACAACUUUAUGUGGCAAUUGGGGCUAGACUUGGUUCCAAGAAAAGAAUAUGCUAUGGUGGAUCCUGACGAGAUCAGCAUUACAGAACUCUAUAGGCUGAUGGAGCAUCGUCAUCGAAAGAAAGACACUCCUAUCCCAGCAAGCAGCCAUCAUCUUUUUGUGCAGAUGAAGAGUCUGAUGUGCUCCAAUCUGGGAGAGGAACUGGAAGUCAUCUUCUCACUGUUUGAUAGUAAAGAGAAUCGACCAAUCAGCGAGAGGUUUUUUUUAAGACUGAAUAGGAAUGGCUUGCCAAAAUGUCCAGAGAAGCCAGAAAGACAUUGUUCUCUCUUUGUGGAUUUGAGUAGCAGUGAACUCAGGAAGGACAUCUACAUCACUGUGCACAUUAUCCGCAUAGGCCGAAUGGGAGCUGGAGAAAAGAAAAAUGCUUGCAACGUACAAUACCGACGGCCCUUUGGCUGUGCAGUCCUCAGCAUUGCAGAUUUACUAGCAGGAGACUCAAAGGAUGACCUUAUCUUAAAAGUAUACAUGUGCAACACCGAGAGUGAUUGGUAUCAGAUCCAUGAAAACAUCAUCAAAAAGCUAAAUGUUCGUUACAACUUGACAGGUUCCAAUGCUGGUCUGGCAGUUUCUCUUCAACUGUUUCAUGGAGACAUUGAACAAAUUAGGAGAGAUUACACAUCCAUGUUUACUCAUGGGGUAUCAAUAACAAGGAAGCUGGGUUUUUCCAAUAUUAUCAUGCCUGGCGAAAUGAGGAAUGAUUUAUACAUCACUAUAGAAAAAGGAGAAUUUGAAAAAGGAGGAAAAAGUGUGGCCAGAAACGUGGAAGUGAUGAUGCACAUUGUGGACAGUGGUGGCCAAAUUUUAAAGGAUUUUAUCUCCUUUGGCUCUGGAGAGCCGCCAGCUAGCAAGUUCCAUUCCUUUGUGCUUUAUCACAACAACAGUCCCAGAUGGGCUGAGCUGCUGAAACUUCCUAUUCCUGUGGAUAAAUUCAGGGGAGCACACAUCCGCUUUGAAUUUCGGCAUUGUUCUACAAAAGAAAAGGGCGAGAAGAAGUUGUUUGGCUUUUCUUUCGUGCCCCUGAUGCAGGAAAAUGGGAGGACAUUGCCAGAUGGCACUCAUGAACUCAUUGUGCACAAGUGUGAAGAAAACACAAACCUUCAGGAUUCUAGUCGCUACCUCAAACUCCCCUUUUCAAAGGGAAUUCUCCUAGGGAAUAACCACCAAGCAAUAAAAACCACUAAAGAGUCUUUCUGGAUUACGUCUUUUCUCUGCUCCACUAAACUCACGCAAAAUGGGGAUAUGCUUGAUCUUCUUAAGUGGAGAGCCCACCCGGACAAAAUUGCAGGCUGCCUCACAAAACUAAAAGAAAUUGAUGGUUCAGAAAUAGUAAAGUUCCUUCAGGACACACUGGAUACUUUAUUUGGCAUUUUAGAUGAAAAUUCCCAAAAAUAUGGGUCAAAAGUAUUUGAUUCUUUGGUUCACAUAAUAAAUUUGCUGCAGGACAGCAAGUUUCAUCAUUUUAAGCCAGUAAUGGACACUUACAUUGAAAGUCAUUUUGCAGGUGCACUUGCAUACAGGAGGACAUUUCUUAUACAUCUAAAUCAAGAGAGACUGCUUCCAGCAAGCAGUACCCCUACCAUCAUGGUGUUCUACUGCCUCAGAGCUGUGUUUCUCUGCUCCUUCCCAGCUGUAUACUCUGAGCUGCUGAAGCUCUUCGAUGUGCGAGAGGUGGCAAACUUGGUACAUGAUACUCUAGGCAGCUUGCCAACCAUCAUGCAUGUGGAUGAAUCCCUUCAAGCUGUUAAACUGCAGUGCAUUGGUAAAACAGUGGAAAGUCAACUAUACACUAAUCCAGAUUCCAGAUAUAUUCUUCUUCCAGUAGUUUUACAUCACCUCCACAUGCAUUUACAAGAGCAGAAGGAUCUUACAAUGUGUGCACGUAUCCUUAGCAACAUAUUUUGUUUCAUAAAGAAAAAUAGCUCAGAAAAAUCCGUCUUGGAAGAAAUAGAUGUGAUUGUGAACAGCCUGCUGGAUAUACUGUUGAGAACCAUAUUAGAGAUCACAAGCAGACCUCAGCCAUCAGGGUCUGCGAUGCGCCUGCAGUUUCAAGACGUGACUGGGGAAUUUGUUUCCUGUCUCUUGUCACUAUUACGACAAAUGACAGACCGACAUUACCAGCAACUUCUUGAUAGAUUCAACACAAAGGAUGAGCUGAGAGAUUUCCUGCUGCAAAUUUUUACUGUGUUUCGAAUACUCAUACGACCUGAGAUGUUUCCAAAAGACUGGACUGUGAUGCGUUUGGUUGCUAACAAUGUUAUUAUUACAACAGUCCUGUAUCUUUCGGAUGCCCUUCGUAAGAACUUCCUAAAUGAAAACUUUGAUUAUAAGAUCUGGGAUUCCUACUUUUACCUUGCUGUCAUUUUUAUAAACCAAUUAUGUCUGCAACUGGAGAUGUUCACACCUUCCAAGAAGAAAAAGGUGUUGGAAAAAUAUGGUGACAUGCGGGUAACGAUGGGAUGUGAAAUCUUCAGCAUGUGGCAAAAUUUAGGGGAACAUAAACUUCACUUCAUCCCAGCUCUCAUUGGCCCCUUCUUAGAAGUGACACUGAUACCUCAGCCUGACCUGCGGAAUGUAAUGAUUCCCAUUUUCCAUGACAUGAUGGAUUGGGAACAAAGGCGCAGUGGCAACUUCAAACAGGUGGAGGCAAAACUGAUUGACAAAUUGGAUAGCUUGAUGUCUGAAGGCAAAGGUGACGAAACGUACCGAGAGCUCUUCAACAGCAUAAUUCCACUCUUUGGUCCCUAUCCUAGCCUCCUGAAGAAAAUUGAGCGGGAAACGUGGAGAGAAAGUGGUGUUUCAUUAAUCGCCACUGUAACUCGACUAAUGGAAAGGUUACUGGACUACAGGGACUGCAUGAAAAUAGGAGAAGUGGAUGGUAAAAAGAUUGGCUGCACUGUUAGCCUGUUGAACUUUUAUAAGACCGAACUGAAUAAGGAGGAGAUGUAUAUUCGUUAUAUCCAUAAGCUAUACGACCUGCAUCUGAAGGCACAAAACUUUACAGAGGCUGCCUACACACUAUUGCUGUACGAUGAGCUAUUAGAAUGGUCUGACCGGCCAUUGAGAGAAUUUCUAAACUAUCCCAUGCAAACAGAGUGGCAGCGCAAAGAGUAUCUUCACCUUACAAUCAUCCAGAACUUUGACCGGGGAAAAUGUUGGGAGAAUGGCAUCAUCUUAUGCAGGAAGAUUGCAGAGCAGUACGAGAGCUAUUAUGACUACAGAAAUCUCAGCAAGAUGAGGAUGAUGGAAGCUUCUUUGUAUGAUAAAAUCAUGGAUCAACAACGUUUGGAGCCAGAGUUUUUCAGAGUUGGAUUUUAUGGGAAAAAGUUUCCAUUUUUCUUGAGAAAUAAGGAGUUUGUUUGCCGAGGACAUGACUAUGAGAGAUUGGAGGCUUUCCAGCAGCGAAUGUUGAAUGAGUUCCCACAUGCCAUUGCUAUGCAACAUGCCAAUCAGCCAGAUGAGACGAUCUUUCAGGCAGAAGCACAGUAUCUGCAGAUCUAUGCAGUGACACCAAUUCCUGAAAGCCAGGAGGUCCUGCAGAGAGAGGGCAUCCCAGAUAACAUCAAGAGUUUUUAUAAAGUGAAUCACAUCUGGAGAUUCCGAUAUGACAGGCCAUUCCACAAAGGGACCAAAGACAAGGAGAAUGAAUUCAAGAGUCUGUGGGUGGAAAGAACAACAUUGAUCUUAGUGCAGAGUUUGCCUGGGAUAUCCCGCUGGUUCGAAGUGGAAAAACGUGAAGUAGUGGAAAUGAGUCCCCUCGAGAAUGCUAUUGAAGUGCUGGAAAAUAAGAACCAGCAGCUGAGAACUCUGAUUAGUCAGUGUCAGACCCGACAGAUGCAGAAUAUAAACCCACUCACAAUGUGUCUGAAUGGGGUCAUAGAUGCAGCAGUUAAUGGUGGAGUUGCUAGGUACCAAGAGGCAUUCUUUGUGAAGGAAUAUAUCUUGAACCACCCAGAGGAUGGGGAGAAGAUCACACGCUUGAGAGAGCUGAUGCUUGAGCAGGCCCAGAUUCUAGAAUUCGGAUUAGCUGUACAUGAGAAGUUUGUGCCUCAGGAUAUGAGACCUUUACACAAAAAGCUAGUUGAUCAGUUCUUUGUGAUGAAGUCAAGUUUGGGAAUACAGGAAUUCUCUGCAUGUGUGCAAGCUAGUCCUGUUCACUUCCCUAAUGGAAGCCCUCGUGUAUGUAGAAAUUCAGCGCCUGCUUCUAUGAGUCCAGAUGGUGCCAGGGUAAUUCCUAGACGCAGUCCAUUAAGUUACCCAGCCGUAAACAGAUAUUCAUCCUCGUCGUUGUCAUCACAAGCCUCUGCUGAAGUCAGCAAUAUCACUGGGCAAUCAGAAAGCUCCGACGAAGUUUUCAACAUGCAGCCAAGUCCAUCUACCUCAAGCUUGAGUUCUACUCAUUCCGCUUCACCUAAUGUGACCAGCUCUGCUCCAUCCAGUGCCAGAGCUUCUCCUUUGUUGUCUGACAAACAUAAACAUUCCAGAGAAAAUUCUUGCCUGUCCCCAAGAGAGAGGCCAUGCAGUGCCAUCUACCCGAUUCCUGCAGAACCUUCACAGAGAAUGCUGUUUAAUCAUAUCGGAGAUGGUGCUUUGCCCCGAAGUGAUCCUAACCUGUCUGGCCCUGAGAAAGCUGUAAACACCACACCCAGCAGUUGGAGUCUGGACAGUGGAAAAGAAGCCAGGAAUAUGUCAGAAAGUGGAAAGCUUAUGUCUCCCCCUGUGCCACCAAGACCCACACAAACUGCUUCACCGGCAAGGCAUGUAGCUUCAGUUUCCCCUUCUCCUGCUGGCAGAUCUCCAAUGAAGGGAUCCAUGCAAUCAUUUACCCCAUCUCCAGUGGAAUGUCAUUCCUCGGGGCUCAUAUCCAACUCCCCAGUCUUGUCAGGAAGUUACAGCAGUGGAAUCUCUUCACUUAGCCGAUGUAGCACAUCAGAAACUUCUGGCUUUGAAAGUCAAGGGAGUGAACAAACUAUUCCAAACUACAGUGUUUCUGAGGAGCCGAUGAGAAAAGAAAGUAAAACUCCUCCACCUUACAGCGUUUAUGAACGAACUUUGAGACGGCCUGUUCCGCUACCUCACAGCCUCUCCAUCCCUGUCACUUCAGAUCCACCAGCACUGCCACCCAAACCCCUGCUGGCGCGGCCAAACAAUCUGGAAAACAGUAGCCGGAGGACUGAACAGGUUCCUCGGCCCAGGCCUCUUCCUCGGAAAGUGUCUCAGUUAUAAGAAGUCACUUUUAUAUUUACUUGCAAUGAAUUCUUUACCGUUUACGAAAUAAUAUUUAAAAAAAGUAAAAUACAUUUAGUGUAGGCACUUUAAUAUUUUACCCAAUUUUUCUUUUAAAUGAUUUUUAAAAUGCUUAUUAGUAUUAUGUUGCACAUUAUUAAAUGAAAUUAAUAAUUUUGAUUGCCAGAUAUUACAGGAAGCAUGAAUGAGAGAAUGUUGUUAAUUUCAAGGUGGUAAAUAUGGAUGCAUAGCUUUUUGGUAUGUUAUGUUCAUUUUUUAAAAAAUAAUUUAAUUAAAUCUAAAACCCCACGAGCUCUCAUUUGCAUUAGUUGUAUGCUUCUUACAAAAUGUAGGCUAUGCUAACUGAGCUAAUUACUAGAAAUAAAUGCACGCUUCCUAACCACAUUGUUUGUAGGCUAGGACAUUUCUGCAAGUAGGCUGAAGGUUGUUCCCAUUUCCCCAUGAGCAGGUUGGUCAAUUCAAAUAUCUGUGCAUGUGGGGUUAGGGGUGGUGCAGAGGAGGGGGUUGUUAAUGCAAGUUACCCUGCAGUAAAAAGUUCUAAAGACAAAAGUUGUAAGUUCUUGAAACAAAAUACUACUUUUGUGUUGCUUUCUAAGAGUAACAAAUAUUCACAUUUCAUUCAGUGUAGAACACCUUUCUGGGAAUUAAUUUGAUUGUUGAGAAACUCUUUAGUCUCAUAACAGUAGCUUAUCUCCUGUAUCUGGUGCACUUCUUUCUUUUUAAGGUGCGAUUUACCUUUACUCUUUCAGUUAGCCCAUACAAAAAAAAUCCCAUUAAUAGUUGGAGGUUUUCUCCUGUCUUUGAAAGUUAACUUCAAAAAAAAAAAACUCUGUACCAGAAGAACAAAUAUCCAGAUAUUAUAGAGGCAUAAAUGAAUGUGUCCCAUUAAUAAGGAUACACAAGAAUCAAUACUGGUUAGUAUUAAAUCAAUGCAGUAAGUGAACAAAUUUAAAGAAUAUAAAUCACUAGCUAUGUAUCAGUAAAUUUUUAAAAGAUAAAGGGCAUUAAUUCACAAUUCUGCACAAAUUAACAAAAUUCCUAACAGCUCUUCGUGUAUAUUCUUACUAGUGCAGGUUUUUGUUGUUGUUUGUUAUUGGUUUUUAUUUUUGAUUGGUUGUUUUAACUUAGUUGAUCAUUGUCAUCUUUACUGAAGGAAGAUGAUGGUAGACAGUUCUAGGUUGAAUUUCACUAGAUAGCGUCUGUAAAGCAAUGGAAAGCUAAUGCCCAGAUGUAGGAGUGUGGAGAAAGCACCUUGUGUAUGUAUUUUUUGUAGCUCUU